GCCAUUCAAAACACAUUACAAUAACACGUGUUUUGUUAACAAUUUUGUUGAUUAACUAAACAAUUGAUAAAUUAUGGGAAAAGCGAAGAAAUUAAAGCAUUUAAAGGCCAUUAGAAACGAGCCGUUAGACCAACAGAUCGGUGGACACAAUGCCGUCAAACAGAGAGACCGACAAAAAGCCAAAUAUAAGGACUCGACUGAAGAGGAAGGGAAUCAACAAAAUUAUAUCGACCCGAAACUGACGGCACGUAUACUGAAGUCCGCGCGAAGACAACAGACAGAACUCGAGGACGAGUUGGCGGAGACGGCCGGCGGUUCCGGUCUCGCGGACGGCCGAACACCCGCUCGGAAGCCGACAAAACUGGCCAACACUGGCGACGACCAGACGGACAGUGAGUACGGGUCGGACGACGAGGCGGUGGACGACUACUACGAGUCGAUUCAGAUCACCGCCGAAGACGAGCGCGCGUUAGAAGUGUUUAUGAAUAGAGACGGAGAGAAACGCAAGACUUUGGCCGACGUUAUCGCCGAAAAGAUACGCGAAAAGGAGACCGAAAUACAGACACAACUGUCGGACGCGACCGGUAUUAACGUCGAGGACUUGGAUGAGAAAGUGGUUGAGCUCUACAAAGGAGUCAAACUAGUGUUGUCUCGAUAUCGGAGCGGAAAACUGCCCAAAGCUUUCAAGAUUAUACCCGCGCUCUCCAAUUGGGAACAGAUAUUGGAGAUCACAGAUCCGGACGGGUGGACAGCGGCGGCAAUGAUGGCGGCGACGCGUAUAUUCACAUCCAAUCUGAAGGAACGGAUGGCUCAGCGCUUCUAUAAUCUAAUAUUAUUGCCACGACUUCGCGAUGAUAUCGACGAAUAUAAAAGACUUAAUUUCCACUUAUAUCAGGCGCUGAGGAAAUCGCUGUUCAAAUCGGCCGCCUUUUUCAAGGGUAUAAUACUUCCGCUCUGCGAGUCCGGCAACUGUACGCUCCGGGAGGCCGUCAUCAUAGGCUCAGUGAUGGCCAAACAACACAUACCGAUCCUUCACUCGUGCGCAGCGAUGCUAAAGAUCGCCGAAAUGGACUAUUCGGGCGCUAACUCUGUGUUUCUUCAUAUACUGAUCAACAAGAAGUACGCUCUUCCGUAUCGAGUGGUCGACGCACUCGUCUAUCACUUCCUGCGCUUCUCCAACGACAAGCGAGAGUUGCCUAUCCUCUGGCAUCAGUGCCUACUUGUGUUCGCACAACACUAUAAACAGGAUCUCUCCUCCGAACAGAAGGACGCACUCCUGGAACUGUUGAGACUUCAGUCUCACUAUCAGAUCACACCUGAGAUCAGGAAAGAGUUGUUAAACUCUAAGAGUAGGGAUGAGAUAGUGGUCGAGCCCUCAGCUGAUGGCUCUGUCGGUGAGACAUCAUCGCCGGCCGACACUAUGGAAGACGAAUCUAAUGAAUGAAUUAUCAAUUUUUAUUAAUUAACAUAUUAUGUAAAUAUUGUUUUGAAAUUCAUAUAACUUUUAGACAUU